GGGCGGGGCUUUAAAGGGCAGGGCCUUGGGGUCCCUGAAAAGCGCGGACCAGGCGGGCGCCACCCAGUCCAGAGCCUACAACCUACUUCCUUCUAGGUGCAGCCACUUGUGCAGGACCAAGCUCUGCCAUGCCGAAGUGCCCCAAGUGCAACAAGGAGGUGUAUUUCGCUGAGCGAGUGACGUCCCUAGGCAAGGAUUGGCAUCGGCCCUGCCUGAAGUGUGAGAAAUGUGGAAAGACACUGACCUCGGGGGGUCAUGCCGAGCACGAAGGCAAGCCUUACUGCAACCAUCCCUGCUACUCAGCCAUGUUUGGGCCCAAAGGCUUUGGGCGAGGUGGAGCUGAGAGCCACACUUUCAAGUAGAUCCAGGCUGUGGAAACUCCCCCUCUCCGCCCAGGCGCAGGCCAGGCCUUACCCA